GAGGAGAAAAGAAGAGAAUAAUUCAAUUGUGUUCGGUGGGAUUUCAUUGGACCUGCGAUGGACUCCAGCGCGGGGGAAUAUGGCAUGGCUCGCUGGGGAUUGUUUGUGGUUUUGACGGCGCUGUGGAGAUUCGGCGAUGCUUGCCCCGCAUCGUGCACUUGCAGCAUCUCAAGGAUUGUUUGUAUUGAUUCCGUACCGGGGAUCGAGGAUUUCCCUGUCCUCACGUUAGACGACAUGGAAAACAUCACCGAGAUAUACAUCGCUAAUCAGAACAGAUUGCUUGACAUUACAGACAACAGUCUGCGGCACUAUAUAAACCUCAGAAACCUAACGGUGACCAGGACAAGACUGAUGUCCAUAUCAUCAGAUGCAUUUUUUAACAACACAAGACUUCAAUAUGUAAAUCUCACAGACAAUAACCUGUCAGUACUAUCAUGGAGAACAUUUCAGAACUUCAACAUCACAUUUCCGCUCCUUCUCUCUGGAAACCCUCUGGAUUGUACUUGUGAGAACUUGUGGAUCAAACUGCGGCUUCUAGAAGAACCGGACAGUUCAGAGCUGACAUGUACAGACGACAGAGGAGUGACGAGGGACUUCAUCACACUCACACCGCCCGACUGUGUGGUUCCUCAAGUGGAGGUCACGCCUAGAACUGUCACCCAGAUGGAGGGGAGUGACGUCAAAGCUGUGUGCAGUGCCUCCGGCUCCCCUCCCCCCGAGAUCCUGUGGAACCUGGACAUGCUCUCCACCCAAUACAGGAUCGACCUGAACGAGACGGAGAGUAACCUCACCCUGUCGGGCCUGUCUCCGGACGAUAACGGCCGGGUGAUCGUGUGCAGCGCCGAGAACAUGGUCGGUCUGAACGAGGCCACGCUCCAGCUCAACAUUCUCUUUGCCCCCACCAUCCAGCAGCUGCUGACUCCGGAGCGGGACCACCACUGGUGCAUCCCCUUCACCGUGACGGGGAACCCCAAACCGGACCUGCAGUGGUACCACAAGAACAAGCCUCUGCUGGAGCACGACUACAUCCGCACCAUGAUCCACGUGUCCACCGAGAACGAGGACCACGGCUGCCUCCAGCUGGUCAACCCCACGCACAUCCACAACGGCGAGUACAAGCUGGUGGCCAACAACACGUACGGCCGGGACGAGAAGACGGUCUCCGCCCAGUUCAUCGACCCCCCCAACUUCAACUACACAGGUGAGUUCCCCACAGUCCCUGACACGCCGCCUUCUCCGCUGGAUGAGAGUGUGCCGGUGUAUGUAGUUGUGGGAAUCGCAGGAGUUGUGUUGACCGGCUGCGUUCUUAUGGUGAUCAUUCUGAAAUAUGGAAGAAACUCCAAGUUUGGUAUAAAAGGCUCCUCCUCGGUCAUCAGUAACGACGAUGACUCCGCCAGUCCUCUUCAUCACGUGUCCAAUGGCAACAACACCCCGUCGUCCUCCGAGAUGGGUCCAGACGCCGUGAUCAUCGGGAUGACGAAGAUCCCUGUCAUCGAGAACCCGCAGUACUUCCGGAACUCCGGCAGCAUGCUGAAAUCUGACACGUUCGUCCAGCACAUCAAGAGACACAACAUCGUCCUGAAGCGGGAGCUGGGCGAGGGGGCGUUCGGGAAGGUCUUCCUGGCCGAGUGCUACAACCUGACCCCCGACCAGGAGAAGCUCCACGUGGCCGUCAAGACGCUGAAAGAGGCCAGCGAGAGCGGCCGGGCCGACUUCUACCGGGAGGCGGAGCUCCUCACCAACCUGCAGCACGAGCACAUCGUCACCUUCUACGGCGUGUGCGUGGAGAGCGACCCCCUCAUCAUGGUGUUCGAGUACAUGAAGCACGGAGACCUCAACAAGUUCCUCAGGUCUCACGGCCCUGACGCCGUGCUCAUGGCAGACGGGCAGCACAGCAUCCUGGUGGAGCUCACUCAGUCCCAGAUGCUGCACAUUGCCCAGCAGAUUGCCGCUGGCAUGGUGUACCUGGCCUCGCAGCACUUCGUCCACAGAGACUUGGCAACCAGGAACUGCCUGGUGGGAGAAAACCUGCUGGUGAAGAUCGGAGACUUUGGCAUGUCCAGAGACGUUUACAGCACAGACUACUACAGAGUGGGCGGCCACACGAUGCUGCCGAUCCGCUGGAUGCCCCCGGAGAGCAUCAUGUACCGGCGGUUCACCACGGAGAGUGACGUGUGGAGCCUGGGCGUGGUGCUGUGGGAGAUCUUUACCUACGGGAAGCAGCCGUGGUACCAGCUCUCCAACAACGAGGUCAUUGAAUGCAUCACGCAGGGCCGGGUGCUGCAGCGGCCCCGGACGUGUCCCAAAGAGGUGUACGACCUGAUGCUGGGCUGCUGGCAGCGGGAGCCCUACAUGAGGCUGAACAUCAAGGAGAUCCACGGCAUGCUGCAGAGCCUGGCCAAGGCCUCGCCCGUCUACCUGGACAUCCUGGGCUGACCGCCGUGUGUGUGAGCCAGCGAGUGUGUGUGUGUGAGUGUGUGUGGGAGAGACGUGAUGGGGGGAACAGAGGAGAGGGCUGUGUGACCGUGUACAGAACCUGGCUGUAAAUGUCUCUGUAAAUGCUACCGUCCACAUCCUCAUCACGUCCAGAAAAAGCCUUAAAUUCACGGUUUCUCUG